AUGUCUAAACUACGACCAAUAUGCAAACUACUUGCAUUGUGGACAUUCGCAACAAAAUGUCCAUGUGCAUCGGCGAUCACCGAUAACUUACCAACAGUUACGGCAAUACAAUGGGAUGCGCCGUCGCCGUAUGACCCCGUAUGGCUCGCGAGUGUUCAGACUUACCCGCCUGUGUUCGCAGUGAAUGAGACCAGAUUAUGGUUUUGGGGUUGGGUAUACGAGCAAGAUGUGCAGUUCAAACUGUUCACGAGGCGGAAUCCUUUCGAGUUCCAAGAAAUCAAAAUAAAUGACACGGAUUCUCUGCGGAAUUCUAAUUUUAAUUUCGGCAAUAAGGUUAAAGUGCUCACUCACGGUUGGCUAAACCAUGGGUCCAGUCCCAUGCCUGAAUCGAUUAAGGAGGAGUUCCUGAAUUUUCUAAUUUCUGAGGGUGUCUCUAUGGAUGAUGUUCAUCUGAUAGGGCAUAGUUUAGGCGCUCACGUAGUUGGCAUAGCUGGAGCAUACGUAAAACAGGGACCUAUUGACACAAUAACAGGCCUCGAUCCGGCGCUGCCUUUGUUUACUUUGGGCAACAAGGACGCCCGUCUGGAUAAGCACGACGCGCGGCACGUGGAGGUGAUCCACACUUGCGGCGGCUACUUGGGCUUCGCUUCGCCACUGGGCCAUAUCGAUUUCUACCCUAAUGGCGGCACCAGGCAGCCGGGGUGCCGUUUCGAUUACAGAGGGCUAUGCGCACACAAUCGAGCACAUAUGUACUUUUCGGAAUCGAUUAUAUCAACUGUUCCUUUCACCGCCGUCCGUUGUAAGGAUUACGACGAGCUUUAUUAUAAUGGAUCAUGUGAGGGAACUGGGGAGACUCUCAUAAUGGGUGGUUUCGAUAUACAUUAUGGAAAAGAUGGGAUUUACUACCUUAAAACCAACGCGGAGAAACCUUAUGCAAUUGUAGACGAAAAUAGU